AUGUUUUCUUUCAACUUUUGGACCAAUGCCAUUCACCCCCUUGGCGCCCGGUGGACAGUCAGCCCCGAGCCUUACACCAUCUCGCAACCAAACGCGGAUCCUAACUUCUAUCUUGGUUAUAGUGUCGAGUCAUCCUGCUCUCAACAGCCGUUCAUCCCGCCAUCGAACCGUUCUAACCAAGUCUAUAUUCUUGGAAAAUGGUUUCAAUUCUUCUCCGGAACGACCUCCAAAGGCUGGCCACCGGAAUUUUAUGACGCUGCAGCCGAAGCCGCCGGCAUAUCUUUCGUUGUCGGGGCGAUCAAGAGCCCGUGGAACACCACGACGGCAAUCGAAGGCCCCGAUGUAAAGUUGCCCAAGAAUAUUACGAAUCAUGGACUUCUCCCUCAGAAGGAGUUCCUAGAAGUAUUGGCUCAUUCCCGCAUGCUCAUCGGAGUUGGCGAUCCGGCUACAUCACCCACUCCUUAUGACGCCUUAUGUCUCGGGGUCCCUUUCCUCAAUCCCGUCGGAACGUGGGACCGUUCCAAUCCCAAGGAUAAGAUUCGUUGGAACACUCAACAUAACCCCUUGAAGCUUUUUGGGCCCCCAUACGUGUACAACGUUCUUGCGGGAAGUAAAAGUGAAUUUAUUAAAGCAAUCAAGGAUGCAGUAGAGAACCCCCUCCCGGAGAGAUACAUCCUUGAACGAAUGACAAUUUCGGCGGUGAAAGCCCGCACAGCGACGCUGAUAGAGACAGACUGGAGAACGGAAGCUGGAAAGUUGCUUGAGGAAUGGAGACGUUCAGGACGGACUGAUCUUUUUGAAAUCUAA